AGACAAUAGUUGUGUUGUGUUCAGUUAAGGGUGAGCCUUAGCAACAACAUGCUCAUCACUAUUCUGUGUGGAACCUGUUAAAUGUGCUAUAGCUUAUUUCAACUUCUCCAUGGCUUCUUUUCUUUCCUUAUCUCUUCCCAAAUUAAACUUAAUAAAGGCCUCUUCAGCAGCUAACACCAAUACAACAACCACUCUUCCCACAGCUGAGACACUCAAUGAGAAAUUUGGCAGGAAAGGCAUCAAGUUCUUGGAGUCUGAUAACAUUCCCAUAGUUGAGCUAACAGUGAGAAAUGGCAGCUCCUUGAGGCUGAGGAUACCUGAUGCUCAUGUGACAUCAUACAAACCAAAAGUUAAUUGGAAAGAUGAUGGCUUCCAGGAGGUUCUUUACACAAUUCCUGCAACUGAAACUGGCCCUUACAAGGCCAAAGGUGGGGUUGGUUUGGUCAUGAAUGAAUUGCUGCAACCUGGAGCCAAAGGGUUGCUCCCUUCCACUUUGGAGUGGACUGUAAAUGAUGUUGAUUCUGAUUCCAUUGAUGCUCUCCAGCUUGAAUUAAGCUGCACUAGUAGAUUCUUUGACAUCACAUACAUUGUGACCCUCUAUCCUGUGAGCAUGGCCACAGCAGUUGUAGCUAAGAACAUAGGCCCCAAGCCUGCCACUCUAACCAAUGCUAUUCUAAGCCAUUUUAGAUUCAAGAAAAGAGGUGAAACAGCAAUUCAAGGCCUCAGAAGCUGCUCAUAUAUUCCACACGCUCCUCCAUCUUCUCCCUUUCAAAUCUUGACCCCAUCAGAAGCUACCAUAUCUGAGCCUCCUAGAUGGUUGUCCUUUGGUAAUGAGCCUGAAGCCAAGCCCGGCACGUGGGGUCAGCAAGCUUUGUCUAUUACCCUCCUUGAGAAUAAGAUGAGUAGAGUUUAUGCUGCGCCUCCAAAGGAAAGAUUAAAGGCAUUCUAUAACACCCCUCCCUCCAAGUAUGAAACCAUUGAUCAGGGACGUGGGCUUUGCUUCAGGGUGAUAAGAAUGGGUUUUGAGGAUAUUUAUUUAUCAAGCCCUGGUUCCUUGUCAGAGAAAUAUGGAAAGGACUACUUCAUCUGCACUGGCCCUGCUUCAAUACUGGUGCCUGUGACUGUAAAUCCUGGUGAAGAAUGGAGAGGGGCACAAGUUAUUGAGCAUGAUAAUUUAACAUGAUUAGCUUGUUCAAAAAUCCAAUGAGAAGUAAGAAAUCGAGUCUAAAGAUGUGAAAAGUCAUAAUAUAACUAUUAGCUUCUCAGUAAAGAUGAAAAAACACGUCUGAGACGUGGAACCAAACACGUUUUUACAUCUAAAAUCUUUCCCUUCUCUCUCUCUCUCUUUCUUUCUUCUUCCUGCUUCUCCUCCAUUUUGAUUUUUUUUUUUAAUUUUUUUUUCUGGAGCAGGGUUUGUAUUGUUCUUCCCUAAAACUAUGUAUAUUUUGUUUAUUUGAUUUAUGUCCAAUAGUCAAAUACUAUAUCAAUAAAAGAGGUUACAUAAUGCUUGCUGAUUUUUCGUUUCAA